AUGGCUUCUGACGGAGGUCCUUCAGCUGGAGAUGCUACCUUGAGGAGAAGAAUUGAACCCUGGGAAUUUGAAGUCUCCUUUGACCCCCGAGAACUCUGUAAAGAGACCCGUCUGCUCUAUGAAAUCAAGUGGGGCAAGAGCCAGCACGUCUGGCGACACUCGGGCAAAAACACCACCAAGCAUGUUGAACGCAAUUGUAUAGAAAAAAUUACUUCAGAAAGACAUUUUGGCCCGUCCAUCAGCUGCUGCAUCAUCUGGUUCUUGUCCUGGAGUCCCUGCUGGGAAUGCUCCAAGGCUAUUCGGGAAUUUUUGAAUCAGCAUCCUAGAGUGACCCUGGUUAUUUAUGUAGCACGGCUUUUCCAGCACAUGGAUCCGCAAAACCGGCAAGGACUCAGAGACCUGAUUCAGAGUGGUGUGACUAUCCAGAUUAUGGGACCCCCAGAGUAUGAUUACUGCUGGAGGAAUUUUGUCAACUACCCACCUGGGAAAGAAGCUCACUGGCCAAGAUACCCCCCUCUGUAUAUGAAGCUGUAUGUACUGGAACUCCACUGCAUAAUUCUAGGUCUCCCUCCCUGUUUAAAUAUUUCAAGAUAUCAGAAUCAGCUGACCUUGUUCAGACUUAUUCCUCAAAAUUGCCAUUACCAAAUGAUUCCACCCCAUAUCCUUUUACAUACAGGGUUGAUACAACUUCCUGUGACUUGGAGAUGA